GCGGAUUGCCUCUAAAAUUAUUCUAACUCGUAAACAAACUUAACACGUGCAACUAAAGAGCAACAGGAAUCAUUGCUCUUUGGAACAAAAUAUUGCUAUGGAAAGAAUAAAAGAAAUACGAACACGAGUUGAGCUAAAAGAACAUGGACUGGAAAAUGUGCACAGCACAGAUUUUCCUGGAACAUAUGAUGGCUAUGAUGACUCUUGGAAUCAAGAAAAAUUUGAAAAGAACUUCAGAGUGGAAAUUAAGCGGCUAACAAAUGAUGAGUUGGAGUUUGACAUGAUUGGCAUUGAUGCAGCCAUUGCCAAUGCCUUCCGAAGAAUACUCCUGUCAGAGGUGCCCACUAUGGCAAUAGAGAAGGUGCACAUCUACAACAAUACGUCCAUCAUCCAGGACGAGGUGCUUGCUCACAGGUUGGGGCUGAUACCAAUCAAGGCUGACCCUCGACUCUUCCAAUACAAACAAAAUACUGAAGCUGAGCCGACAGAGGAGGACACCAUACAGUUUGAGUUGAAGGUAAAGUGCACACACAACCCCAAACACAGUGGCACUGACCCAGAUGACCUGUACAGGGACCAUAAAGUCACAACAAAACACAUGAAAUGGAUUCCAAUUGGAAACCAGGCAAAUAUUUUCAAGGAAGGUGACAUACGGCCAGUGCAUGAUGGGGAUAACAGCAUCCUGAUAGCAAAGUUGAGGCCUGGGCAGGAACUGGACCUGAAGCUGUUCUGUGUGAAAGGUAUCGGACAGGAUCAUGCAAAGUUCUCUCCUGUAGCUACAGCGUCCUACAGGUUACUGCCGGAGAUCACAUUGUUGAAGCCUAUUACAGGACAGCUAGCAGAGAAGCUUCAGAAAUGCUUUGCACCAGGGGUCAUUGAGAUCGAUAAUAUAGAUGGUGAAAAGAAAGCGCGUGUGGCCAAUCCCAGGAAGGACACCUGUAGCCGGGAAGUUCUACGCCAUGACGACCUGAAGGACCUUGUGAAACUGACGCGAGUCCGUGACCACUUUAUAUUCACGGUGGAGUCGACUGGUAUCCUACCACCAGAGGUACUGGUUUCCCAGGCCAUACAGAUCCUCAUGACCAAGUGUCGUGAAAUAACGAGAGAACUUGACGAGACUGAGUGAAUGGUUCAUUGAGAUGACCGACCUGUUGUUCAGUUGUUUGUAUAUGAUAUAUUCAUGUUUCUGAUAAUUAAAAUAGAUCUAGUGUAAAAUUG